UCGAAGUGCGCACGCGCAAAAUCGUGAGCGUUCCAUGCCGCCCCACAGGCCAACCCCCGGCCGGAAGUGACGUACCUCAUCCUGGGCUCUAAAGCAAAAGACUGCUCAGCAUUCAGCGCUAGGCGCAUGCGCUGGGAAAUAACUUCUCAGCCGGACUUCCGACUUCCGGAACCCGUCCGCUUGCCAGAAGCUUCCCUGGCCUGACCGUCGUCCCUGGGGGCCGUGCGGACUGCAGGUUUCGGGCGGACAGCAAGGGCUGCCCAGGCCUGAUGUCUCUUGAUUGCAUCCAAGGGGGCAGCCCAGAGGAGGAUGGAGCAUCCACCAGGGGUCUGUUGGCCCUAGGAGAGGAAGCAGUCACCUUCAGGGAUGUGGCCUUGGACUUCACCUGGGAGGAGUGGGGAUGCUUGAGUGCUGCUCAGAGGAAGCUCUACAGAGAUGUGAUGCUGGAGAACUACAGGAACCUGGUCUCCCUGGGCAUAGCGGCAGGGUGUAUCUUCACCUUCCCUGGGCUCUUCUUGGUCAGGGGGACUCCCCAAGAUGCCCCUCAUGCUGCCAGAAGCACUUCUUUGUCUGAAGCAGAAAAUCCCAGGAGUCAGCUGGGAGCCAGUGGGUGGAGCAGCCCAGCUGGGCUCUUCUGUGUGGCCAUUUUUGAAGCGCUGGAGGGUGCAGCUUGGGAUACUAAACUUAAGAACCAGGAGUCAACUGAAAAGCAAGAUUUAGGAUCAGAAGAGACAUUAGUGCAAAGACUCCCUGGGGAUGUUCUCAGGAACAAAACCCUUGUGGGUAGUCCAAUCCAAGAGAUCAGGGUAUGGAAGCAAAUGCAAGACCUGGCAGGGAAGAUUCCAAAGCAGAUCAUUUCCCACCAAAGUGAUUUGAGGCAAUUGAUUCUGGACAGGAAAACUCCUAUUGGGCACAGAGGCCAUGAAUGUGUUGACACUGGCAAAAAAAUCCACAGGAGUACCUGCAAGUCCAAGAGGUCAUGCAGUGACAAUGAAGGUGAGGGUCUCCCAGCCUUGAUUCCACCUCCAAGUCUGUGUAGGGUAGAGAAAUCCUGGGAUUGUGAGGAAUUUGAAAAGACUUUUAGCCAGAAUGCAGGGAUGAUCCAACAUCAGAGAAUUCACACUGGAGAGAAAACUGAGGAGUCCAAGGAAUGUGGGAAGAGUUUCCAGGAGAUCUCCCACCUUAUGGAAGAGCAGGGAAUUCACACUGGAGAGAAACCUUAUACAUGUAAGGACUGUGGAAAGUUUUUUACCCAGUAUUCUUACCUCAUCAGUCAUGAAAGGAUGCAUAAUGGAGAGAGACCUUAUGAAUGUAAGGAAUGUGGGAAGGCUUUCAACUGGAAGUCAUACCUCAUUGGACACCAGAGAAUUCACACUGGAGAGAAGCCUUAUGAAUGUAAGGGAUGUGGAAAAGCCUUCAGCCACAGCUCAGCCCUUAUUGCACACCAGAGAGUUCACACUGAAGAGAAGCCGUAUAAAUGUAAGGAAUGUGGGAAGGCCUUCAAAUGGAAAUCGGGCCUCAACCAACAUCAGAGAAUUCAUACUGGAGAAAAACCAUACCAAUGUAAGGACUGUGGAAAGGCCUUCAACUGGAAGACACCUCUCAUUCAACACCAGAGAAUUCACACUGGAGAAAAGCCUUAUAAAUGUGGUGAAUGUGGGAAGGCCUUCAGCCAAAACUCAGCUCUUAUUGUACAUAAGAAUAUUCAUACUGGAGAGAAACCUUAUCAAUGUAAAGAAUGUGGGAAGGCUUUUCACUUGAAUUCACACCUCAUUCAACACCAGAGAAUUCACACUGGAGAGAAACCCUAUCAAUGUAAGGAAUGUGGGAAGGCCUUUAGCCAAAGUUCAUCACUUAUUAUACACCAGAGAAUGCACACUGGAGAGAAACCUUAUCAAUGUAAGGAGUGUGGGAAGGCCUUCAGUAGGAGCUCAUCCCUUUUUGAACACCAUAGAGUUCAUACUGGAGAGAGACCUUUUAAAUGUAAGGAAUGUGGGAAGUCAUUUAAUAGGAAUUCAUAUCUCAUUCAGCAUCAAAAUUCUCAUUGGACAGAAACCCUAGAAGUAUAAAGAAACAUGGGCAGAGUUGUAUAGUCUGAUGCAGACAGCAGAUCCAAUAGUAUAAUAUAUUUGACCAUAACAGUG